AUGUUCGACAACAUCUCCAACUGGUUUUCCUCCAAGCAGGAACCUUCUCAAGAAGAUACCUGGAACGCCAUGACCGUUCACACUCACCAGCCCACCAGCCCCGAUGCUCCCUCCACCGACCGCGUUGUGACUGAGCAACCAAACUCCGAGCAGAACAUGAAGCUCCGCGGUGGUGGCGCCGGCGAUGUUUGCUGCGGCCUCUGCGCCGGUCUUCUCUGCUUCGAGUGCUGCGAGGACUGCUGCUAA